GCGUCACCCGGGAUCACCCACCGGCAGAUUCACCACAAAUACACACGCUCAACCCUUCCCUAAAACGAAGAAGCGCAAGACUUUCAAUCGGGAAAUAAAAUACAAUAUUUUAGUAAGUAUGUAUUCCAGCUCGUUGUUUUGUUUCUUUACCUUUGCCCCCUCAGAGUUGCGAAUAGUACAUUUGUGGUAAAACAAUAGAUUUCCAAUAUGUCUGCGUCCUGUGGCAGCAUUGCAAUGUGAAGCGUACUGUAAUCUGCUUUCUCAAGAGAGCGAAGAUUAGGACAGUCAGCGGGGUUGCAUUGGUGUUUUAACUUCCCACGUGGCCACGGCUGUCCAGGACAGAUUGAAACAGUUAACUGCAAUCGCUGUAAACAAGGUGUUGUGAUUUCAAUAUAAACGCAGAUUUGCUAAAGGCAGUUUUCACCCAGGUCAACAGUAGCGCUAACACUAACACAGCACCUCUAGAAUUGCGAUUGCGCUGCAGCAGGGCACACGGAGGGUCAUGAUAGCAAGCAGGCGCUUUGUGUUCACUUUAAAACACUUCAGAUUAAAGGCUCUGUGCAGAAAUGUCACGACGUCGUGGUCGCAGGUGGGAGCUGCUUUCAAUGCAAGACAGCACAGAAAACUGGAUCUCCUUGGGAGAAAUGUGGGUCUGUUUAGAGUGCCGGAGCUGACCUCCCCAGCAGGGUUUGAGAAAGCCCAGCAGAAAGCUCUGGAGGAAACCGAACUGCUAGUGCAAAGAGCCUGUACCAUCUCACCCGGACAGCAGACUGUGCAAACAUUUGACCAGCUCUCGGACAGCUUGUGCAGAGUGGCUGACUUGGCAGAUUUUGUUAAAGUGGCACACCCAGACCCUGCAUUCCGAGAAGCAGCGGAGAAAACCUGCAUAGCGAUCGGCACCGCGGUGGAGAAGCUGAACACUAAUGUAGACCUCUUUAAGAGUCUGAAGGACCUGCUGGACAACAAAGGUGUCAUGGAUUCCUUGGACCCAGAAACAAGGAGGGUGGCUGAGCUUUUUAUGUUUGAUUUUGAGAUCAGUGGAAUUCAUCUGGACAAAGACAAGCGCAAAAGGGCAGUCAACCUGAAUGUUAAACUCUUAGAUCUAAAUAAUGAGUUUCUGGUGGGCUCUCACCUCCUCAACAGAAUUGAUAAAAAAGCUUUACCAGAUCACAUACACCACUGCUUCGCCCUCGAUGGAAACUACAUACAGAUCGGCGGGCUGCACGCAGACACGCCGGACGACUUGGUGCGGGAAGCUGCUUACAAGAUCUUCCUGUACCCGAACCCGGAGCAGCUGAGCUGCCUAGACGAGCUGCUGAGAUGCAGGAAUGAGCUGGCACAGCUGGUGGGGUAUCGCUCCUUUGCACACAGAGCCUUGCAGGGAACCAUGGCCAAAACCCCAGAGACUGUAAUGGAGUUUCUUGAAUUGCUGUCUGAAAAGCUUACGGACAGAGCAGCGAAGGACUUCGGCAUGAUGAGGGACAUGAAGAUGAAAUUGAAUCCAGAAAAUGCAGAACUGAUGCCUUGGGAUCAUCCAUACUACAGUGGAGUCCUGCGUGCCGAGAGGUAUAACAUUGAACCCAGCCUGUACAGCCCCUUCUUCUCGCUGGGUGCCUGUAUGGAAGGAUUGAACAUGCUGUUCAGCCAGCUCCUGGGUGUGUCUUUCCAAGCCGAGCAGCCUGAGAGAGGGGAGGUGUGGUGUGAGGAUGUUCGGAAGCUGGCUGUCGUCCAUGAAUCCGAAGGAUUGCUGGGGUACAUCUACUGUGACUUCUUCCACAGGCUUGACAAACCUCACCAGGAUUGCCAUUUCACGAUUCGCGGAGGGCGAUUGAAGGAGGACGGGGAGUACCAGCUCCCCGUGGUGGUCCUCAUGCUGAGUCUGCCUCACCCGACGAAGAACUGUCCCACACUGCUGACCCCGGGCAUGAUGGAAAACCUCUUCCAUGAAAUGGGGCACGCCAUGCAUUCCAUGCUGGGCAGGACCCGGUAUCAACACGUGACAGGAACCAGAUGCCCCACAGACUUUGCGGAGGUCCCUUCCAUUCUGAUGGAGUAUUUUGCAAGUGACUAUCGGGUGGUGAAUCAGUUUGCAAGACACUAUAAGACAGGACAGCCACUUCCCAAAAGCAUGGUUUCUCGCUUAUGCGAGUCCAAGAAGGUGUGCGCUGCUGCCGACACUCAGCUCCAGGUUUUCUAUGCAGUCCUGGAUCAGAUCUACCACGGGCAACCCCGUCCAAGCAAAUCAACCACUCAGAUUCUUCAGGAAACCCAGGCGCAAUUUUACGGCUUGCCGUCUGUUCCUAAUACAGCAUGGCAGCUCCGGUUCAGUCACCUCAUUGGAUACGGUGCCAAGUAUUACUCAUACCUGAUGUCUCGGGCUGUGGCCUCUAUGGUGUGGAAAGAGAGCUUCAUGAAGGAUCCCUUUGACAGGGUAAUGGGAGAGCGGUACCGCAGUGAGAUGCUGGCACAUGGUGGAGGAAAGGAACCCAUGCUCAUGGUUAAAGGCAUGCUCCAGAAGAUCCCCUCGACUGCCGAAUUUGUGGAUGCCUUGGUGUCGGAUUUGGACCCUGAUUUUGAAAGCUUCCUCAUGGAUUCCGAGUGAAUGGAUUUCCACGCACUCCUGCCCUCCGUAUCAAGUGAAGUCCUGAACAAUCACACGUCGCCCAUGGCAGGAAAGUUAGGCUUCCCACUGUCAUUCACACUGGCCAGUACUUUCCUUUUCCUCAAUUUCAAUUCAUAGAAAUAAUAAUAAUUGAGAAGUGUUUCCUAUGGAACCACUGGCAUCUUUUUAAAAACUUCUGCCAUAAAAAAAGACUAGCAUAAUAACAUUGUGCUCUGCUCUAGGACUGAGAAUUGCAAUUAACAUGUGACUGCUGUUCUAAUACAGAGUGUUUCUAUAAGGUCUGCCUCACUGAAAGGAUGCCAGUGUUCAUGAGUUUGUGAGUUCAUCUACAUUUACAGUAAUAUAUUAGUGUUGCCUUUUCUGCAUAUGGGAGUCAAGGCAGACCCAGUCCAUAUUGCAAAUAAGGUUUUAUAUUCCAUUUCACGAAGGUGACUCCUAUUGCAUAGCAGUUCGAUCUAUUCCUGGUUUUACUAGUAGUUUAAUAAGACACACCUGAGCUGGUUACCUAUAUACUGGGGCUAAUCCAGCUCAUAUUAAAACCUGUAAUGGGUGGAACUGCUAUGCAAUUGGGGUCAUAUUGCCAUCCCUGGAAAAACCAAUUUACUACAAUUAAGAGGAUCUCAACUGGAAAAGGUGUUAUAGUUGGCUGGGCAGUUUAGUGAAAUGUUAUCUGAAACCGUGUUCGCAAUCUUUUCCCACGUGAGAUUGUGAAGUUUGUCACAAACAUCCAGCCAGCCAAGUUCAUUCUCAUGUAGGCAGGUCGAAGUCCCCAGCUUCUUUCUCGUCAUAGUACAGUAGCCGCCGUGUAAGGAUACUGAUUUCAGAGUGACCUAACCAUCUUCACAGAGAGCUCAUGAAAGGUGAGGCACCUCACAGGUAGCUUGUUCUUGUAACUUACCCAGGUGACAGGUUUUUAAGAAGUGCUCAUCUCGUGAAUAUUUCAAGCUACGACCAGCACACUGUUUAACCAACUUCAUACUUGCAAACUCAUGUGAUUUAUAAAACAAAUCAAAAGACCUUGUAUACUUUGCACAGCUUGACCUGGUUUCUUUGUUUUUUAUGAAGUUAUGGAUGAUAAACCUACUCAGAACCGUCAUAACUUCUAAAGAGUCAUUGUCACAAAUGCUUUGUUGCUGUAUUGAGGAAGCUUUAUUCGAUAGAUUCGAUGUCCAGCAGUUGGUUGUCAAGGGAAAUGCCAGGAUUGUAAAGAAGCUGUCUCUUGAAAUGGCUUGAAUCUAAAGAGAAAUGAGCUCUGUUUAUUCUGACCAGUAUAAUGAAUGCAGACUUGGUUUCAGGCUUUGCUCAAGAGUUCACAGAUACAUAUGUGUGUGUUUAAAAGAAGAUGUAAAUGUGUUUCCAUUGAAAGCCAAUAAAAAUGGAAGGUAUAAAUCUUUGUCAGGGAGGAUCGGCUCCUCUCCAUACAGGACCAUGUGUGUCUACUGAAAGAGUCAGGUUCAAUCCAGAUACCUGGACAGGGAGGAUCGCCUCCUCUCCAUACAGGACCAUGUGUGUCUACUGAAAGAGUCAGGUUCAAUCCAGAUACCUGGACAGGGAGGAUCGCCUCCUCUCCAUACAGGACCAUGUGUGUCUCCUGAAAGAGUCAGGUUCAAUCCAGAUACCUGGACAGGGAGGAUCGCCUCCUCUCCAUACAGGACCAUGUGUGUCUACUGAAAGACCAGUUGGGCAAUAUAGCAAUAAAGCUAUGAAAACCCUUGACUGAGUGGGACCUGUAGCAAUCUGCAGAACCCAGCAUUUCCUGUCUUGCUCCACUAUUUGUUUGCUCACCCAGCGAACCUAAAUCUUCAGAACACGUCUUCUGCACCAAUUCAGAAUGCAUACCUUCUUUUUCAGCUUUUCAAAUGGAUCCAGAAUGGAAGUGUUAGUUCCAUCUCUUCUCACUGUUUGUCCAGACACUAUAAAAAUUCUAGUGUCCUGAACCUUUCUGGUUUAGUAGACAAUAGCAGUCUGUACUUGAAACCUCUAAGAAAUCGCUCGUGUCUGUUUCCCUUGUUUAUAUGUACAAAUGCUUGCUUUGUUUUUUCUUCACAAAACUGAUUUACAAACCAGUGUCCCAACUUGACGCGCACACAUUUCUGAGCAGGCCACAUUAAAGAAAUCUGUAUCUAUGUGAAAGUACUUGAACACAACUCCCAAAGGAACUCUUUAUUAUGUCUUUUUAUGUCAAGAACAAAAGACCACCAGCAUUGUUAUUCUGCCCUGAUGGUUUCCAGAGGAAAUAAAUACAAGUAUACUCCUAUAAAACAAAGCCAACAGUAAAGUAGACAGGGUUUUUGUUAGAUUAAUUUAGUCUGUUUUGGAUAGAUAGUUAAAAGGAUAUCUAUUGAUGUCAAUGUAAAUAGUUCUAGUGCCAGAUAUACACAGUAGAUCUACAGAGGCACAGCCCAGAGUAUGUGUUUAUUUUGAAUAUGUGUUUCUUGGUUACAGCUUUGAAAAAAAUAAAUGGUUGGAGUGUAUGGUUACCCAAGAUCUGUUGCUUGUCUUUAUGUACAUUGUUAAUUAUUACAACAACAUAUCAUUUCAGGGAGUACAGUAUUCAAGUUCUGGAGAAAGUGGAUUUAACUGGGAACCCUUAUGUGCUGGUAGUAUCUGCCUGUCUGUCAGUAACUGUAUUGCUUUUACAACAGCCUUCACAAUGCUUUAGUCACACUCCUGGCUUCCUAAAGGUGUGUCAGAUUGCAUGUGACUAUAUGCGGUAAACUCCAUUUAUAGCAGUCUCUUUUACCUUUUAGGUACAGUGGGUUCCGUGUAAAUCUGCGGCACCUCGAGGCACGGCACGGUACACCGCGGCUAUCAUGCGGUGCCGCUUGACGUGUAAAAGCAAUACUUUCUAUAUCCAGUGGGGUGUGCCAGACCGCUUUCUGGAACUGAAUGGGCUGGAUACCGAUUUUCCUUCAUGAGAUGAUUUGUGCUGAGGGUUUUGUUUAACACUGCCUCCCUCUCUUGGGUAUUUAACAAACGUAGGCGACUGCCUUUUUAAAAAGAAUUUGUUCAUCGACGAGACUAUGAAAGCAAAAUAAAAAUCUGUAUCAGAAAAGCUUUCCGCUACUUUAAAUGCUAAUUGAAUUGAACUGUGUGAUUGAGCGUGUGGCUCUCUCCAAGCCUGUGUUCAUUAAAACCAGUAGCCAGCCAUGUUUUCAUUAU